GGACACACGAAACACGGAUUCACUCUACCCAAAGCGCACACACACACACACAGUCGAUCGAGAUCUGGAAAAAUGGAACGGAGCUCCACCGGAUUGUUCCGGACUACAAUCUUAAUCUCGCUCAUCUUCUUCAUCUCUUCAUCUGAAUCCUUUUAUCUCCCCGGCGUCGCUCCUCGUGAUUUCACCAGAGGUGAUCCGCUUCAAGUUAAAGUCAACAAGCUUUCAUCUACAAAAACGCAGCUUCCUUACGAGUACUAUUACUUGAAUUAUUGUAAGCCAAAGCAUGUUACUAAUAGUGCUGAAAACUUGGGUGAGGUGCUUAGAGGCGACCGCAUUGAGAAUUCAGUAUACACGUUUUCUAUGCGAGAGGAACAACCAUGCAAAGUUGGCUGCCGGGUAAAACUUGAUGCCGGUUCAGCAAAGAAAUUCAAAGAAAUGAUUGAUGAUGAGUACCGAGUCAACAUGAUUUUAGAUAACCUCCCAGUUGCUGUUCUUAGACAAAGACGUGACGGUAGUCAAUCAACCACUUAUGAACAUGGUUUCCGUGUCGGUUUUAAGGGAAACUAUGCUGGGAGCAAAGAGGAGAAGUACUUUAUCAAUAAUCACCUUAGCUUUAGAGUUAUGUAUCACAAGGAUCUUGAGACUGAUGCUGCUCGUAUUGUUGGGUUUGAAGUUACUCCCAAUAGUAUCAAUCAUGAGUAUAAAGAUUGGGAUGAGAAGAACCCUCAGCUAACAACAUGCAACCAAAAUACCAAAAAUAUAGUUCAAGGAAGCACCGUACCUCAGGAAGUUGACACCGAUAAGGAGGUGGUAUUUACAUAUGAUGUUACUUUCAAGGAGAGUGAUAUCAAGUGGGCGUCACGAUGGGACACCUACCUUCUUAUGAACGAUGAUCAAAUCCAUUGGUUUUCAAUCAUAAACUCCUUGAUGAUUGUCCUCUUCCUUUCAGGAAUGGUAGCUAUGAUCAUGAUGAGAACACUCUACAGAGAUAUUGCAAAUUAUAAUCAGCUUGACACACAAGAUGAAGCUCAAGAAGAAACCGGAUGGAAACUUGUCCAUGGAGAUGUUUUUAGGGCUCCAGAAUAUUCUGGAUUGCUAUCCGUUUAUGUGGGUACUGGCGUCCAGCUUUUUGGAAUGACACUUGUGACCAUGAUAUUUGCAUCUCUUGGAUUUUUAUCUCCAUCCAACCGUGGUGGCCUUAUGACUGCUAUGGUUCUCUUAUGGGUAUUCAUGGGCUUAUUCGGUGGUUAUGCUUCAGCCCGCAUAUACAAAAUGUUCAAGGGUACAGAAUGGAAGAAAAACACAUUGAAAACAUCCUUCAUGUUUCCUGGUAUUUUAUUUGCUGUUUUCUUCGUUCUGAAUGCAUUAAUUUGGGGCGAAAAGUCAUCUGGAGCUGUACCAUUCGGAACCAUGAUUGCCCUUGUUUGCUUAUGGUUUGGCAUAUCGGUUCCAUUAGUCUUUGUGGGUAGUUAUCUAGGUUUCAAGAAACCCGCCCUUGAAGAUCCAGUGAAAACAAACAAAAUCCCGAGACAAGUUCCCGAGCAAGCUUGGUACAUGACACCCGUGUUCUCAAUUCUCAUUGGAGGAAUCCUUCCUUUUGGGGCUGUUUUCAUUGAGCUAUUUUUUAUCUUGACCUCCAUAUGGUUGAACCAGUUUUACUACAUAUUUGGGUUUCUGUUCAUCGUGUUUGUGAUCUUGAUCAUCACAUGUGCAGAGAUAACAGUUGUUCUCUGCUACUUCCAGUUAUGCAGUGAAGACUACCACUGGUGGUGGAGGGCUUAUUUGACAGCUGGAUCAUCUGCAUUGUAUCUGUUCCUAUACUCGAUCUUCUACUAUUUCACCAAGUUGGAAAUCACAAAGCUGGUUUCGGGUAUUCUCUACUUUGGGUACAUGUUCAUUGCUUCAUAUGCGUUCUUUGUGUUAACGGGUACAAUUGGUUUCUAUGCUUGUCUCUGGUUUGUUCGCAAAAUUUAUGGUUCAGUGAAGAUAGACUGAUAAGAUGAACAAGAAGUUAAAAGCUCAACAGAGGAUGUAAUGGGGAUGGAAACAUAAAUAGAAAUGAAUAUGAGAGAUAGAAGGAAGGCAGUGUAGAGUUGAGUUGAGUCCAGUUCAGUAAUUGUUGGUUAUACAUGACUGAAGAAUCAUGCAUCUGUUGGGAAAUUUUCAAGCCCGUAAAUGGACUUGUAUGAUUGGCUAGUUUGUAGAAUGUUUUGUUUUUAUUAUGGAUUUUUGUAUCUUAUAUAUGAACUGCAUUCAUCUGAUAGCAUUAUUGUUGUGUUGUUGGUCAAUCAAUUUCAAUCCUUUCCAUAGUCUACUGUAAAAGCCUUUGUGCAUGUGGUAUUGAAAUUAUUAUUCUUGUUCUUACA